AGAGUCACAUUUAUUGUGCAACCGCACUUCGAGAUGUGCUCUCAAGAAAAUUCGUUCAAGGUCUGUGCUUUCGUAUCUCAAAGAACGGUCUUCGCAAAUAGCGUACGACCGGCCACGUUAGUUGUAAGUAAUGAAAAAAUACGGGAAAUAUUAUAUGACACCGGUGAGGAUGUUACGAGAUAUUUGUCGGAGAAAUAUCUCGGAAUUCGAUUUCACGAUUACGGCUCGUUGGUGCUAAUGCCCGGAAUAAUAGACUCCCACGUACAUGUAAACGAACCCGGUAGAACCGAGUGGGAAGGAUUUGACACCGCUACACGAGCGGCCGCGGCCGGUGGUGUUACCACGAUCGCGGAUAUGCCUCUGAAUUCUAUUCCGCCUACUACUACCUUAGACAAUCUCAAAGUUAAGGCGACGGAAGCGCGAGCAAAAAUAUUUGUAGACGUUGCGUUCUGGGGCGGUGUAAUUCCAGGAAAUCAGCACGAAUUGCGAUCGUUAGUAGACGCAGGUGUAGUCGGUUUCAAGUGCUUCUUGUGCCCGAGCGGAGUGGACGAAUUUCCACACGUCUCUGUGGACGAUGUGGAGAAGACCUUAAUGGAAUUACUCCCUACAAAAACUGUACUAGCGUUUCACGCAGAAUACGAACAGAAUGAAAGAACGAAUUCAUUAAUUGACGAUCCAAAUUUGUACGACACUUUUUUACAUUCCCGACCUGACCACAUGGAAGUUGAUGCUGUAAAAUUAAUCUGCGAUUGGUGUACAAAAUAUAACUUUCGAUGCCACAUAGUGCAUUUGUCAAGUGCGGAGUGUUUGGCAUUAAUAAAUGAUGUUAAGGCUCGUGGUGCACCUUUAACCGUGGAAACGUGCCAUCAUUAUUUAGUACUCGCCGCGGAGGAGAUACCGGAAAGUUCUACUGAAUUCAAGUGUUGUCCACCGAUUAGAAGAAAAAAUAAUCGAGAACAAUUGUGGCAAGGUAUUAAAAGCGGAACGUUGGAUAUGAUUGUCUCGGAUCACUCUCCUUGCGUGCCAGAAUUGAAAAUUCGUGGAAAUUUUUUGACCGCUUGGGGUGGAAUCUCUUCAUUACAAUUUGGAUUAUCGCUGAUGUGGACAGCCGCAAGAACGAGAGAUAUGUCACUUUCUGAAAUUUCAAAACUAUUGAGCAGUCAGCCUGCAAGAUUAUGCGGUCUCGACGAUCGCAAAGGUAAUCUAUCGGAAGGAAUGGAUGCGGAUUUCGUUAUCUGGCACCCAGAGGAAACCAUCAAGAUUGAAACAAGUAAUAUUUACCAUAAAAACAAAUUAACACCGUAUCAAGGAAAAAUUUUAUUUGGGAAAGUGAUCGCAACUGUCCUUAGGGGACAAUUCAUUUUUAGAGAAGGAAAAAUUCUCGAAAAACCUGUGGGAAAUUUAUUGUUGAAUGCAAAUUUUUUGCAAGCGAUAGAAACUCAGUAAACUUUAUUUCACUUUGUAGCUCACAAGUCUUUCACUCUCUUAUUUCUGUUUUAACAUGAAUUUUUAGCACAACAAAGAAAAAAGAGAGAUAUUUAAAUAAUAAAUAGAGAAAAAAUUUUCGUGUACAAAUAAAUCUACAAUUUUAUUUUAUAUCGUUAAUAUAAUAAUAUAAUAAUAUAAUAAUAUAAA